GCCGUUUGGACGACACGCGAGACCACCCGGACCGACCCGAGCUCGACCAGAGUACAUAGGUACGAACUCUCAACAACACAGCAGACACCUGUUUUGAUAAGAAAAAAUACUGACAGAAGAAUGACCAUGGACGUGAAAGCCAGCCAAGUAGCUGCCAGCACGGCAACGAAAUCCAGCGCCAACGUCGGAGCGACCGCUUCGACCGGAGCCCAAGAGUGUGCCGGAUGCGGCAAACACAUCACCGACAGAUUCUUGCUGAAAGCCCUGGACCUGUUUUGGCACGAGGACUGUCUGAUGUGCGGAUGUUGCGGAUGCCGUCUGGGCGAGGUGGGAUCCACGCUGUACACAAAAGCCAACAUGAUCCUGUGCAAAAAGGACUACUUCAGGUUUUACAGGAUGUUCGGUAAUAAAGGCAUGUGCGCCGCUUGUUUCAAAGACAUACCCGCCUUCGAGAUGGUCAUGCGGGCUCGGAGCAACGUGUACCAUUUGGAAUGUUUCGCGUGCCAACAGUGCAAUCACAGAUUUUGCGUCGGCGACCGGUUUUACUUGUGCGAAAAUAAAAUACUGUGCGAAUACGAUUUCGAAGAGAGAAUGGUGUUCGCCAACAUGGCAUACAACCCGGCCACAUUGGCACAACUCAAGCGACACGCCACACACAUACCACCGACGGUCGGCGCCGGAGGGAGGACCGACACAAUGCCAAUGGCCGUGGUCAACAACAACGGGGGUGGCAACGGGGGUGACCGCCGAACAACCCCCACGGAUCCCGCUCACCUUCACGGACAUCACCUACACGGGCAUCACCACGGUGCGGCCAUCACCACUAACGGUCACCAAUUCGGCACUUCGGGUGCGGCAAACAACGGCGACCAGUCUCAAAUUCAAAUGUACGACGUCAAAUGAUUUCUACGGUUUGAGAUUUUUUUUUUUGUUUUCCAACUAUUAUUGUUUUAAAAUUUAUUAUUAUUUUUUGUUUGUUCUUUUUGUCGGUUAAAACCUUAUUCGUUGUUGAUUUAAAUAAUAAUAACAAUUAUAUUAUUAUACUAUUAA